ACUGUCUCAUCUCGCUGGUAAACAAUUUGAAAAUUUGCAUUUUACAUUAGUUGCUAAAUCAUCCGCGCAAAUUGUUCAACAAAAGAAGUGUUAAAUUGAAUAAUUGCACGGGCUGCCAGCGGAUUAACCACACAAGAUAAAGAAUAAAUCACAACAUAAGACGAGAGCAGACAGACAAACAAACCGAUUUUGCAAUUUGGCACAGAGCCAAAGAGAGGGAAAAAAACAACAUUAAAACAAGAACAAAAGGUGAAAUAUUUAACCGCAGAAAAUACACGCGAAAAAGUGAAAAGAACAGCUGGCCCGGCUCAGGUGGUGUGUGGCUGCAAUUAAAUUAGUUUUUUAUGUUAAAGCGACCCUAAGUACACAGCUACAAAGAAAGAUACUAACAACAACAACAACAACAACAAUCAGUGGAUAAACCGGCAACAGCUGAACUUAUAGCCAGUACACCAAACGGACUUACGUAAGCCGCUCGCAAUUGCAAACGAUUAAAAAAAAACAAGAGUCCAAAAAUGGCGCAAGUAGUAUCCACCCUCAUCGAUGUGGAUAAACCCCUCUUCGACCUCAGCACCUUUGCUGGUCGCUUCCAGUACUUCGCCUGGAUGACGGAUCCACGAACCGUGAUCGUCUCCAGCGAUCGCCUGCUGGAAGCCAAGACCAUGAUCGAAAAAUACCGGAAGGGAGAUCAAUCACCGAUGGUUAAGCCGGAAGAAGUUCAUUACAACAUGAAGCUAUAUAAUUCCGCAUUUCAUCCGGAUACCGGCGAACUUCAGAAUUUCUGUGGACGUAUGAGCUUUCAGGUUCCCGGUGGCAUGUUGAUCACCGGCGGCAUGCUGGCCUUCUACAGAACCGUCCCAGCCGUGGUUCUCUGGCAGUUCAUCAAUCAAUCCUUCAAUGCUGUGGUCAAUUAUACAAAUCGCAAUGCCAAUUCACCUACCAGCGUUACGCAGCUGGGCGUGGCUUAUGUCUCGGCCACAACGUCUGCUUUAAUAGCUGCCAUUGGAUGCAAGAACUAUUGGUCCAGGAAGGCGAGUCCAUUGUUCCAAAGAUUUGUACCCUUUGCUGCUGUGGCGGCAGCCAAUUUUGUCAACAUUCCGCUGAUGCGUCAAAAUGAGAUACUCAAUGGUAUAGAAGUAAAAAAUACAGACGGACAGAUUGUGGGACAGAGUCGAUUGGCUGCCAUUAAGGGUAUAGGUGAGGUAAUUGUAUCUAGGAUUUUAAUGGCAGCACCUGGUAUGUUGGUGCUCCCUUUGAUCAUGGAAAGACUAGAGAAACUGCCCUACAGGCGCAUCAAAUGGAUAAAUGCUCCCUUCCAGACCCUAAUGGUUGGCUGCUUCCUCUGCUUUAUGGUGCCCACAGCCUGUGCUUUAUUCCCACAGCAAUGCUCCCUGGACACAUCCACCAUGCGCACUUUUGAACCGGAAUUGUAUGAGGAAAUGGAAAAGAAAACGCAAGGCAAUGUUCCUAAGCGCGUCUACUUCAACAAGGGUCUGUAAGAAGUAGGAAUUUGGUGAAAGACAAUAAUCUGUUUAGUCGUUGUCAUCGUGUUUGUCUUGUAGAGCAUUUAUUGUAUCCAAAUCGCGCAAUAUUUGCCAGCUUUUGUUCCUUUGUCUUAUGUGUCAAUUGUUGUAGUUAAGUUAUGCUGAAAAGGAAUCUCAAAUCUAUGGAAAAUUUUAAUAUGCAAGGACUGGUCCAGGUUUUACGAAGAUGUUUUUAAUUCAAAUUCAAUCGUAAGAUGUUUAAAUAGGUUAAAAGUGAAUGUUUUUAGCAAAAGUAUCAAGAAUAUAGUCCUGCGUUUUGUAUUAGUUUAAGAAAUUAUUGUUUAACAACAUUGAAGGUAUACGAAUCUGAUUUAAUCGUUCCUACGGCCGCUAUAUAAUAUUUAUUACCAUCUUUCAAAAAUGUUUUUAAACGAAAACUAGCUUCUAAAACAAAAGAAUUUCCAUUUAAGUAAUUUCUUUAUUUAAAAACAAUCUUAAUCCUUUGAAAUUUAAACCUGGAACUUGAUCAAAUUGUUUAAUAUUUAGCCAAUUAACUUGUCAUGUACUUAGAGCUUAUAAUAAUUUGUGAAUGUCCUAAAAUGUGUUCAAAAAUUCUGAUAUUUCCAAAAAUUGUUGGUGAAGGUAUUAAGAACAAAUAUUAUGAUCGGUGUUUACUCAUCUAAUUAAUUAUUAAACAGAUUUUUAAACAGAAAAUUGGUACAAAUGCCCAAAGAUAUAAUAUAGGUUCUAAGCCUCAAAGAUCAAGUUAUAAAUUGAAAAGCUAAUUUGCAGUAAAAAUGCUUUUUGUAUAACCAUUUAGAUUACUAACUGGCUCAUGUUUUUGAUAGUUUUUAUUUUUAGAACUUUGUUUACUCACAUGUUGGAAAUAAAUGUUUAAAAAGAGAA